AUGGGAGGAGAGGAAUGCACCGAUAUGAAGCGCGAGUACGAUCAGUGCUUCAAUCACUGGUUUGCCGAAAAGUUUCUCAAGGGAGACCUCUCCGGGGACCCGUGUACCGACCUCUUCAAACACUAACACGUUCAGAAAGCAAUAAAGGAGAAGGAGAUUCCCAUCGAAGGACUGGAGUUCAUGGGCCAUAGCAAAGAAAAGCCUGAAGGUUCUUCUUGACCUUGUCACCUUGAAAACGGACUGUCAGGAUACUGAGGAACUCUGAACUUUUGUCGGUGCAGACUUCCAUUUGCAAACGAUGCUCCUCAGUCUGCUUUGAGAUCAAUGUCUCACAUAUCUGGCAUUGUGCCAAAAUUUAGUGUGCUCAAUCUGAGUGAUUGCUUGGGAUUAUGGUUGCAAAAUUCAGUCUGGAAUCAGCUUUAAAUAUAUCUUGUAUGUAUGUAAGUAAUGAAAAACUUGUCAAAGUUGGCUUAAGUUAUGCUAUAAGAA